AUGAGUACAAUGUUCCUGGCGUUGAGGACAAAGUUACUGGUGCUGACUACAAGGUUCCUGCCGCUGAGGACAAGGUUCCUGCCGCAGAGAACAAGGUUCCUGCCGCUGAGUACAAGGUUCCUGGCGCUGAGGACUAGUUUCUUGGCGCUGAAGAAAAGGUUCCUGGCGCUCAGGGCGAGGUUCUUGUCGCUGAGGACUAGGUUCCUGGCGAUGAGAACAAGGUUCCUGUCGCUGAAGACAAGGUUCCUAGCGCUGAGGACAAGGCUCCUGGCGCUGAAGACAAGUCGUCUGGCGCUCAGGAAAAGGCUUCUUUACGCUGAGGAAAAGGCUUUUGACACUGAGAACAAGAUUGCUCCGCUGAGGACAAGGAUCCUGGCGCUGAGGAAAAGGGUCCUGGCACUGGGGAAAAGGCUCCUGGCGCUGAGCACAAGGCUCCUUGCGCUGAUGACAAGUUUCAUGGCGCUGAGGACAAGGCUGCUGGCGCUGAGGACAAGGUUCGUAUCGCUGAGGACAAGGCCCCUGGCGCUGAGGACAAGGUUCCUGGCGCUGAGGACAAGAUUACAGGGGCUGAGGACAAGGCUCCUAUCGGUUAAGAGAAUGCUUCUGGCGCUAAAGAAAAGGCUUCUGGCGCUGAGGAAAGGCUUCUGGCACUGAGAACAAGGCUCCGGGCGCUGAGGACAAGGCUCCUGGUGCUGAUCACAAGGUUCCUUGUGCUAAGGACAAGGUUCAUGGUGCUGAUGACAGGGUACCUUGCUAUGUGGACUAGGUUUCUAACGCUGAGGAUAAGGUUCUUAUCGCUUAGGGCAAGGUUCCUAGCGCUGAAGACAAGGUUCCUGGCGCUGAGGACAUGGUUCCUGGCGCUGAGGACAAGGUUCCUUCCGCUGAGGACAAGGUUCCUGCCGCUGAAAACAAGGUUUGUUCCGUUGAAGACAAGGUUCCUGGCGCUGAGGACAAGGGUAGUGGUGCUGAGGACCAUGUUCCCACGGGUGAGGACAAGGUUUCUGCCGCUGAGGUCAAGGUUCCUGCCGCUGAAAACAAGGUUCCUGCCGCUGAGGACAAGGUUCCUGGCGCUGAGGACAAAGUUCCUGGCGCUAAAGACAAGGUUCCAGGCGCUUUGGGCAAGGUUCUUGUCGCUGAGUACUAGGUUACUGACAAUGAGUACAAGAUUCCUGUCGCUGAAGACAAGGUCCCUGGCGCUGAGGACAAGGUUCCCGGCGCUGAGGACAAGGUUCCUGGCUCUGAGGAGAAGGUUCCUGGCGCUGAGGAAAAAGUUCCUGGCCCUGAGCUCAGGGUUUCUGGCCCUGAGCUCAGGGUUCCUGGCGCUGAGGACAAAGUUACUGGCGGUGAGGACAAGUUUUCUGCCGCUGAGGAUAAGGUUUCUCCCGCUUAGGACAAGGUUUAUGGCGCUGAGGGCAAGGUUUCUGAUUAUGAGGGCAAGGUACCUAGCGCUGGGAACAUGGUUCCUGGCGCUUAGGACAAGGUUCCUGCCGCUGAGGAUAUGGUUUCUGUCACUGAGGAUAAGGCUCCUCCCGCUGAGGACAAGGUUCCUUUGGCUGACGACAAGGUUCGUUCCACUGAGGAGAAGGUUCCUGGCGCUGAGGACAAGGUUACUGCUGCUGUGGGCAUGGUUCCUGGCGCUGAGGACAAGGUUUCUCUCGCUGAGGACAAGGUUCCUGGCUUUGAAGACAAGGUUUCUGUCGCUGAGGACAAGGUUCCUGGCGUUGAGGACAAGGUUCCUGUCGCUUAG